AUGGCAACAACUUCUUAAAUAAUUCAAGAUUUUGGUAAUAUCUCUUUUAGAGAGUGUCAUUUUGUUGGAAGGAUAUUUUUAGAGAAGUUGCUAGAACACGAAUUCUUUAAUGAUAGAGCUACUGAUGAGGAAGUGUCAGAUAUAUAGAAGAGAGUGAAGGAAUGA